AUGGAUCAACAUAUAGAGGUAGAUGACCAAGAACCGGCGUCGAAAGAUGACGAGCCUACGGAUGAAGGCAUCCCCAGAACUUCAUCCGAGCCAGAACAUUCCGAGGUGUCCAAGCAUUCCACCAGAUCUAUCACCCGUAGCCUUGUCGAGGAGCACUUUGAGAACGGCAGACGCUAUUGCAGCGAGGAUUAUUACAUGCCCAAUGACGAACCCGAACAGACUCGCCUUGCCAUCGCCCAUCAAGCCUACAUGCCCGCCCUUGACGACCAAUUGACCUGGGGCCUCAUCCCACGGUCUGCAAAACGGAUCCUCGACAUCGGUACCGGAACCGGAGACUGGGCAACAGCCAUUGCGGAGCGCUUCCCAAAUGCCGAGAUCAUUGCUACAGACAUCACGAAUGCCUUUCAACCUCCCAGCGCCCCUCUCAACGUCUACUUCGAGCUCGACGACGCGCAAAACGAAUGGGCCUAUAAUGAGCCUUUCGACUUCAUACACAUGCGCAAUCUAUCUGGCGCUUUUGCGAACUGGGGCGCAGUUUAUGCUGAAGUAUCUAAGAAUCUUAAGCCAGGCGGCUCGUUCGAGAUCGCCGAUCCCGGUCCGAUACAAUAUAAAAGGGAGACCUCAAACUCGAAUACCAGCAUCUUCAAUGGUGCUAUUCGAUCGGCGGCUGACAUGUCUGGAAGGCCACUCGAUCUGGAUCACUUGAAGAAGCCCAUGUUUGACAACGCUGGUCUCAGUGUGGCAAAGACCAGGGUAUUCGAAAUUCCGCUGGGUACAUAUGAUCCGGAUCCGCGAAAAAAGCUGACUGGGAAGAUGGCAAUGAUAGCGGUAUUAGAGGGUUUGGAGGCUGUGAGUCUACGACUACUGACGAAGCAUCUGGGGUGGAAAGAAGAGGAUGUGAGGGGGCUUUGUCGAAAGGUACAAGAGGAGGUAAUGAGACCGGAUGCGCGUGCUUUCAUCCGUGUCCAAUUUGUGAUAGCGAGGAAGCUGAUGUGA